AUGGACUUCUUUGCCACCGGCGGGUUUCAGCAACUUUUCAGCGAUUUGAAUGACACACAGCCGCAGGUGCAAUGGGUUGAUUUCAGUGGCGCCAUGGACGGCGCUCAGGCAUACGAAAGUUACGACUACUGCGCAGACGGGCCAAUCGAAUGCAGCAAUCCCCUGAUUCAACUCACCUGCACGGAUGAUCCUUUUGUGCUCACCACGGCGGCAAACGAGCAGUCGCUACUCGAAUUAGAAGCAGAAUGGUGUGAAUUAACAGUAGAUUCCUCCAACUGUGGUAGUACAAACGACAACAACGCAAAUUUACAAUACUUCGAUUGCAGCGUCAUCAACGAGCGCGAGCUGCAACUUACGCUCGAUCAGCUGCUCAGCUCGCCACCUGCGUUUGUAUCCGAAGUUACCUGCCUUGGCGAUGCCGGCGCAACGCAAUCGCAGAGCGCAAUAGCAGAUGGUAACUGCGCCGAAGACAAGAACAACAAUAGCGCUUACAACACGUUGAGUAGCCCUAGCAGCGUUGAUACCUCAUCUAUAGUUGAGCUGGAGACAGCUGCCUUCAUUACACGCGAGAUGGCUGAAUGGGAGGAAAAAUUCUUGGAUAACUACAUUGAAAUACCAGAACUCAUCGAUUUUCUGCCCGAAAAGACGCCACUCUGCACCGAGACGUGUGAACAUUUUCUACACGAAAGCUCGAAGAAUCUCAAAUUGCACCGCAAAGCGCGAAGUACGAAGCGCGCGAGUGAAACCACCAACUGCAAUGAGGAACACGCUGCUGCCGGUUAUCCCUGCACCUUUGGCACCUGUGACAAAAUUUAUGAAAAACCUGCGCAUCUCAAAGCCCAUCUGCGCCGUCACAUGGGCGAAAAGCCGUACACCUGCGAUUGGCCAGAGUGCACGUGGAAAUUUUCGCGUUCCGAUGAGCUGGCGCGACAUCGGCGCUCACAUUCGGGCGUGAAACCCUAUAAAUGUAACUAUUGCAUGAAGUGCUUUGCCCGCUCCGAUCAUUUGACUAAACAUCGUAAAGUGCAUGAGCGUCGACUGCUGGCGGCGAGUAAAGCGGGCAAGGCCAUCAAUGGUGUGCUGCCGCAUAGUGUGUUUACAGUGCGGCCGGGGCGCAAGCGAAAGAAUCAGAUGUGUUGA